AUGACGCCGCCGUCGCGCAGGUCGACUCCCGUACCCGACGGUCGCCGUUCCGCGACACCCUCAGCCACGCUCCAGUGCUGCUGUGGUCGCGCCCACCUCUGCCCAGCCCUGCGAAGAAAUACAAACAUCAUCGAAGCCGUCGAAAAAGACGCGCAUACGGCUGCGCAACUUGGUCAGGCUCUCCUCGCCCGUUACGAGGCCUACAAGGCCGACGCCGAGCGAGAUCGUCUCGAACUUCUUUCACGCAUCACCCGCCUUGAGAUGGAGAAUCGUAUGCUCGAAGCAGCCAACGCUGCCAAAAUCCAGGAAAAUCGGGCCCUCCUAGACCAGCUCGAGACCCUCAAUACCACUGUCUCCGACGCCGACGCUAGAAUAAGACUGCUCGAGACCAAUCUACUUUCUUCAAAUCAUACAGUACGCCGUCUUGAGAGCACUGCUGCCCGUGCUAGCGAUGCUGAACGUCACCUCGCCCUGCUCGAGCAGGAGCAGGACCACCUGCUCGAGGAGCUUCGUUCUGCUAGGGAAGACGCCCGCUCCCACUCCCUGCACUUUAAAGAGGCUCAGCGCGGCGUGACUGAUAUGCAGGACCAGCUCGAUCGUCUGGAAGCCGAGGCGUUACAGGAACGCGAACGCCAUGCCGAAAUUGUCCAGCGCAUGGAACGGCAACGCGAGGUUGAGAAGCAGCUCGACGCCGCCGCUGGGCGCCUCAAAGGCGCUGCUGCCACUCGCUCUCUACAAGGCGAUGGAAAAAACAACAAAAUUGUUGGCCACUUCGUUCGCGACCUCCUACAAGAUAACGCCAAUCUUCAGCUCGGGGUAGCCGAGCUUAGAGAGCUCCUCCAAAAUUCCAACGACGAAGUACAGUUGUUGCGAGAGCAACUGGUGUACCAGCAACCUAUCGCAGAAGAACACUUUACCAGCCCUUCAUCUACCCUCAAAGCCGAGCUUGAGGGUAAGCUGGACGACCGCCCGCAUCACACUGGUCCAGCGCUCUCCCAAGAGCUGCACAUCCACCACCACUAUCACGCUCCACCUACGCCGAAGCCUUCAAAAAAGCUGAAGAGAACCAAGACAGGUCUACUUCCCGUGGGCAUUUGCACGCCCCGUACAUCCCUUUCAGCACCUGGAACGCCGCCGCAGGCCACCUCUCAGUGGGGUGGGCGUUUGCCUUCCUCGCCAACGGCUCCGGCUCUCUUAUCUCAUGCCAAAAACGAAGACUUAACUCCCACCACCUCGAAACCACCGCCAGUCUGGACCGCGCUAUCGCAUCUGCAAUCCGAGCUCGACUACUCGUCCUCUGUGCCCAGUUCGCCACUAGCCAACCACAAGGCAGUAUUUGAUUCAGAUCCGCCCGCUGUCAUGGUAUCAUCACCUGUCACGAGUUUGGACCCAUUAUCACCACCCUGGCUGGCCUCGCACGCCAAACAGGCUUCUCUUACGUCGUCGCAUAGUUUUCAGUCGCUCGCCUUCCUAGACUCGGAGCCAGACCUGCCCCCAUUGCCACGGGAGCCGAUUCGCGAGGAGGAUGAGUCGAGGGCUGCUAGGGGCUCUGGCGAGCCGUCAUCGGACGGUUAUUAUACGGAUCACAUGGAGAGAGGCACCACCAGCAUCAUGCCUCGUCGCAAUUUGCGUAGGACCGCCUCACACGAGUCGAUAAUGUCACUUUCGGGAGGCCUUGAUAUCCACACGCUGCAAUCCCGCCCGAGCCAGAUGACCCUGCGUCCCCUAGGGGGCGCCGACGCUGUUGUCACUGGCGUUGUGGCCCAGCCUACCUUAUCACGUUCCUCCAACAAGCGAAGUGAUGUCGCUCUUCGCGACAACUUUGCCGGCCUCAUGUCGCCCCGCACUAUCUCUUCGCCGACGAGUAGCAGCCAGCGCAAAAUCCGGGGCUGGACAGCUUGGCGGCCCUGGGGCGGCAGUGACCCUGCGGAAGCUGAUGCGUCAUGCCCUCAGCCUGCAGCUGCCGAAGCAAUCUCCGAAGCACCUGUGACGCCGCAAAAAAAGGAAAAGGAAAAAGAAAAAGACUCCGGCCGAUCACCCGGCAUCAACCAACCUGGGUCUAUCCCAGGAUUUCAAGAAUAUUGGGCAUCCCAAAAACGAAAGGGUGCGCCCGCACAAGUCACUGCAACAGCCGUUGACCGUGACGCAUUGAAUGAAGGCCUUGAAGGCCUGACCUAG